CCCGGCUGGACAGGGAUUCGUCCCGGAGGCGCGAAAGCUGGCACCAGCGGCUCAGGAAGGCAGCUGUCACAGAGCCUCCGGAACAGAGCGAGGGGAUCGGAAGCAACCAGCUUCCAGCGGGCGUCUCACGCCGCUCUAGCCAAAUGAACCAUAAAGAUCAGAUGAGAGCUACUUCACUUGUUCCUCUCGGUGGUUCCUCCUUCAGCUUCCGGUUCCGGGGAGGGACCGAGUCUUCGAAGAUUGGGGGGCUCCGCGACCCGGUUAGGAUGGCUUUGGUGCCGCUGCUGCUGUUCGGGAGCCUGUGGAGCGCGGCGGCAGCGUCCCGGCUGGCUGCGGCAGCGUCCAGUCUGGCUGUCGUUACUUGCGGCUCUGUGGUGAAGCUCCUCAACACUCGCCACAACGUCCGUCUGCACUCGCACGACGUGCGCUAUGGGUCAGGUAGCGGACAGCAGUCAGUGACUGGUGUAACCUCUGUGGAUGACAGCAACAGUUACUGGAGGAUACGGGGGAAGACUGCCACUGUGUGUGAGAGAGGAACCCCUAUCAAAUGUGGCCAGCCCAUCCGGCUGACACAUGUCAACACUGGCCGAAACCUCCAUAGUCACCACUUCACUUCACCUCUUUCUGGAAACCAGGAAGUAAGUGCUUUUGGUGAGGAAGGUGAAGGCGAUUACCUGGAUGACUGGACAGUGCUCUGUAGCGGGCCAUACUGGGUGAGAGAUGGUGAGGUACGGUUCAAGCAUUCUUCUACAGAGGUACUGCUGUCUGUCACAGGAGAACAAUAUGGCCGACCCAUCAGUGGGCAAAAAGAGGUGCAUGGCAUGGCUCAACCAAGCCAGAACAACUACUGGAAAGCCAUGGAAGGAAUCUUCAUGAAGCCUAAUGAGCUGUUGAAGGCGGAAACUCACCAUGCAGAGCUCUGAGUCUAGAUCUGAGCCACGCUCACCACACAGUGUUCGUAGACAUCUGCUGUUGCUUCUCCCUUUGGGGUCCUUGCCACCAGUUUCCUGGGCAGUGGCCAUGUCACCACUGAGGAGAAGAUGUAGAAAGAACAGAGAACAGUGGCUGCUGGAGGCUGCAGCCCUUCACGUUGGAAUUAGUUACUCUUCCAGACCCGGGUCAGUUCUGAGUAGAAGACUUGCUCACAAAGGGGCAGAUGGAUUUUACUCAUACUGAUAUUACAGACUGAGGGGAACAUCUCUCUUACCUGGGAAGUUAUUACUCCUCGAGCGCUUGGUAUCAUGGAUUGUUAGUGUGUGGGACUUUCCUCCUAUUUUUCUUGUUGUCUUUCUCCAUAAUGAUUUAAAAAAAAAAGUGUUAUUAUUA